AUGACGGCAGGCCCAAAGCCCGACGAUGCGAGCGAGACGGUGGCCCAACGGCUGGUCUCCUUUGCUGCUGGCUGCUUGGGCACGACGACACCUGCAAAGACCGGCAGCCGGCUCGGCGUGAUGGGCAGCGUCUCUGAGGCGGAGUUGCAGGAAAUCCUGUGCCACAUCGAGGUGCUGGCCAAGCAGCGAGCUGCCGGGAUUGUUGGCCGUCCGCCUUCCCCGGAGAGAGGCAGCGAGGAGUUCAUGAAAGCCUUGGGGGAGGCCUGUGGAGUGGAUGCGGAUCGCAUCCACCUAUACCUGCCCAAAGACCCCAUGGGUAAAGUGGACCUGAUUCAGAUGUUCAGGAUGGAUGGCAAGGCCUCGCCCCGGCCCAGCGAAGGGAUCACAGAGUUCGUGGAUUGUCCCUCGGAUCUACCUCGCUGCGUGUUUGAAGGCUUGGAGCUCGCAGAAGAGGUGGACGAGGGCGAGUGGUUGAAAGACGCCGCGGCCAUCAACAGUCUGCGCUCCGCAAUAUGCAACCAAGAGCUUCCUGAGGUGCCUGUUGCUUGGCUGCUCUCGCUGGCCCGACGCUGCAGGAGUAGAAGACCUGCCCUCUGCAAGACCGCUUUGAGGGCGUUGGCCGAGCUGGCUGAUAGAGGUGGCCCCUGCAUCCCUGCUGCCAGGGAGAUCGUUUCCGCAUGCUUGGCUGCCAUGCAGUUGACCAAGGUCGCCGCCAAGGUGGCGGAGGAGACACUCCAGGCGGUGUGCCGCCGCUUGGAGGAGGCGGAGGCCGCGACUUUGCAGAUCUUGGCCGCCAGCGAGGCGAAGCAUCCGGUUUGUGCAGUGGCGCUGCUUCGAGCCAUGGCCUGGCAGCUCUACACUCCGACCUUUCAGUCGUACGGAGCUUCGCCCCAUUCGCCAUGUCUGGGCUCGGAAUCUCCCCGCAGACUGUAUGAGCCAGCACGGCCACCAGGUCCGGAUCUGACACCAACGCAUCUAAAGCAACCCAUGCGGCCUGAGGCAAUGGGUAUGCGCCCUGGGACGGAGGCCGCUGCGCCCCAGGCCGCCCAGGCCGCCCAGGCGACCGGAUGGCAGCUGAGCAGCCAGGCAGCGAGCUUCGUCCGACACAGGCAGCGCUUCGUGCAGUACAUGCAGUCCGAGAGUCUCUUCGCCAUGCCGAUGCCGAGCAUAUUCCGUCCACAGGUCUUGCGCUCCCCGGGAGGUGUCAGUGCGGUUCCCAGAAAGCUGUCGCCCUCGAAAGAGAACCAGGAUGAGGAUGUGUGCGAUGAGGGGAGUCCUUGGCUGGACUUGCAGAAGGGUCUGGCCUCCACGUGGCAAUCCUUGAUGACCUCGAUGGAUGCUUUGUCUGGCAACUGGUGCAUGUACGACGACGGAGACUUCGGUGCAAAACGCAGAAUGCGGCUCGGGCUGAGUGUCUCGGAGUUCGAUGACCUGUGGUUUGUCCGAACCUCACCCACCAUCCGUCCAGACACACCGGGAGGGCAGCCAAGUCCUUGCGUGGCUGCGGCGCCGCUUGGGGUCGACGUUCGACCCGUGCAAUCCGUUCAAGUUGCGCAAGGUGUGCAAUCUGCCCAGCAAGGUCCACCACUGAAGGCCUUGCCCCUGGCACAGGUGAAUCAGAUACUCCGCGUGAGCCGCUCCUCCAUUGUCUCGCUGAAGGGUAACAAAUCUACAGCUCCGAACCAGGACAGAGCAGCGCUUGCCAGUCUGGGUGGUGCAGAUCUACUGACCGUUUGCGACGGCCAUGGUGAGGUUGGCCAUGACGUGGCAGAGAUUUGUAUAGAGGUCCUUCCUCGACUGGUGUUGCAGCAGGUGAGCAAAUUAGAGAACAACAUGUCGCCCGCAGGAGUGCCGGGAAAGGAAUCCCGGAAUCCGCAGGAGGCCGCUGCCGCAGUCGGCGAUGUGUGGCGAGAGGCCACGUGCCAAGCUUUUGAAGAGAUGCACCGGAUGCUGGAGGCCCUGACCGCUGACGAGGCAUCGCAACUGGAUGCUCGGUCCAGCGGCACAACGGCCACCGUGCUGGCCCUCACGGACCGCAGGAUCCUCGUGGCCCACGUCGGUGACUCCCGUGCCGUGUUAGGUGUGCGGCGUGGCGGGGAAUGGAUUCCAAGAGAUCUCACCAGGGACCACAAGCCAGAAGCGCCCGAGGAGAGGGCCCGCAUUGAGCAAAGCGGGGCGCAGGUCAUCACAGUCGGGCAGCCUCCCAACUCUACCUGCCGCGUUUAUUCGCCGCAGCAGGCAUGGCCAUCCAUCAACAUGUCGCGAUCACUGGGGGACUUGCACGCGCACACCCAGGGCCUGUCAGCGGAGGCUGAGGUGAAUUGCUUUGAGCGCUCCGACACCACCGAAGCAGUGAUCAUUGUUGGGUCCGACGGCAUUUGGGACGUCAUGGACAGCAACACUGCGGUGAAUCUGGCAUGGCAGAGUUUCCAGCAGGGGGCAGAUCCUGCCCUGGCAUUGUCACAGGAGGCAUACCUUCGAUGGAAUCACCGCGCCCUGCAGGCCGGAUACACGGAUGACAUAACGGUGGUGGUUCGUUUCCUCUGA